AUGUCAAAUUGGAAUUUUUUUAAUGAUUACCUUAAUUGGUUUAAUGGGACCACCGAAUCUACUACAUUUCAUAGUAGAAGUGGUAAAAAGGGUUCUAACAAAAGUGUAUCUACAAAUGCUACAUCUAUAAACCCUAAUAAAAAUGAUAUGAAUGAGUAUAGUAUCAAUCAACCUAAUAAUAGUCAACAUAAUAGUGAUGAAAUAAAGGCCUCUAAUAUUGCCUUUGAAAAAGAUGUAAGUAAAAUAAAAUGUGCCAAGAAAUACAAUCCAUUUAUUAAAAAAAAAGAAAAAACUAAUAAAGAAUAUAAUAAUAUAAAUAGUGAAAAGGAGGAUAAUAAAAGUGAAAUAAAAUGUGAGAGUAUAAAUACAAAUGCAAAUACAAAUAUAACGUGCGAUAAAGGGAAUGAUAAAAAUAUGCCCAAAAAUAAAAAUAAAGAUACUAAUUUUUUUAAUCAACUAGGGUUAUCGAACUGGUUACCUAAUUAUGAUAUGCCAAUUUAUAACGAAUAUAAAAAAGGCUAUUAUUUAGAUAAAGAAGCUAAAGAAGUAUUAUCAAAAAAAGGUUCUAAAAAAAGUAAUGUUAUAAAAAUAGGAGGUGAUAGUAGCAAUAGUAAUAUGAACGAUUUUAAUGUCUCCGAUUGUUGUAAUACAUGUGUUGAUACAACUUAUUAUGAUGCUUUAAAUAUAAAACCGACAGCUAAAUUAAGUGAAAUAAAAACAAGUUAUUAUAAACUAGCUUUAAAAUAUCAUCCAGAUAAAAAUUCUAAUGAUCCAGAAGCAAAAUUAAAAUUUCAAAAAAUAAAUGAAGCAUAUCAAGUAUUAAGUGAUGAUGAAAGAAGAAGACAAUAUAAUAAAUAUGGAUUAAAUGCAACGAAAGAUAUGAUAUUAAUUGAUCCUUCAAUUUUCUUUAUGAUGUUAUUUAGUUCAGAAGAAUUAAGUGAUUAUACUGGUACUCUGAGAAUAGCUUUUUUUGUUCAGCUAGCUUUUGAAGGAAAUAUGUCAAUUGAAGAUAAAAAAUCAUCAAAUAACGUUAUGAUAAAUGAAAUGGAAGUAGAACAAAAAAUAAGAGAAGUUGAAUUGGCACUACUCUUAAGAAAUAGAUUACAACCAUAUGUAGAUGGAGAUAUGAAAUGGGAAGAACAAAUGGAAAAUGAAAUUAAAGGAUUACUUGAAUCUUCAUUUUCAAGUUCCAUAUUAGAAUCUAUAGGAUGGACAUAUGAAAAUGUCGCAACAUCAUAUAUAGCAGAAGUAACCACAUUAUGGGGUGUUGGAGCAACUGUAGCAAAUAUUCAAGCAGCUGGAAGGACCAUUGGAAAUACAUUCAGCGCAGCUAAGUCUAUGUUUAAUACUGUAGUAACUAUAAAAGAUUUUUCAUUGAACAGUGAAAAAAUUAAUUCAAUAAAAGAAAAGAAAGAUAAUUUAAAAACUUCAUCCAAUAAUUCUUUGAAUAAUAAUUCUUCUUCAUAUAAAGGAUCCAAUGAAAAUAUAAAUUCGGAUAAUCAAAUGGACCCUAAAAAGAAUAUUAUAAAUCCUAAUCUUAAUAUAAACAGUUCAAACAAUAUAAAUAAUCUGAAUGAAUCUAAUACAAAUGAAAAUAAGGAAGAGGAAAAAAAACACACACUAAUAGAUAAGGAAGAAAAUAAAGCACUAGGAGUUAUUAUAAAAAAUGUUCUCACUUUAGUUUUAUGGGAUAUUGAAUCCACAGUAAGACAAGCCACAGAUAAGGUUAUAAGAGAUGAAGGUGUCAACAUUGAAAUAAGAUUAAAACGAGCAGAAGGAAUGAAAAUUUUAGGGAAGCUAAUGCAAAAAUGGUCAAGAAUUAAAAAUGAUAAAUCUGAUACAACUGAUAUAGAUGCUACAAAAUUGUUAGAAAAGGCUAUAAUCAAAGCAUCGAAAAUGCCAAACGAGGAAGAUCCAUCAGAUUAA